AUGCAUGUAGGCUGGUAUAACAACGCCACCGCUGGCAUUGCCAGCCCCGUCAUCAUAGAUGGGGCCAAACGCGGACGCGCGAUCUGGCUCGGCGACAUGGAUAUCGCCGUGCCUACCCAGUUCGUCUCCACGUACGACCUUCUCCCCGGUAGGAACUCCAUCGCGACUAUCUUCUCGCUCAUGACCGCCGCGGGCGAGCUGCCGUACUCCGGGCCGCCGUUGAGCGAGCAGGGCAGUGAUACGUACGCGGCGUGGACGCUCAUUGGGACGUACAACUAUUACUUGUACUCGGGCGACCUUGAGUUUAUCGAGGAGCUGUGGGGAAAUUACACGAAGGCUAUGGAGUACCUGGCGGCGAAGGUGGACGAGACGGGUUAUUGUAUGUGA